AUGCCAACCUUUCAAAGAGAUAAAACGAGGUCUAAUUUUCCAGAUAGUCUCAAAGUUGAUAAAAAUGAGGAAGUUGCCGUGCUCACAGCCAAUCAAGUGUGGGGCGCACUAAGAGGAUUAGAGACCUUCAGUCAACUUGUCUUUCAACCAUACCUGAUUCGCACGGCAUCCGUCGAGGACCAACCACGAUUCCCUCACAGAGGAACACUGAUCGACACUGGACGCCAUUUCCUAUCACUUUCAAUAAUUUUGCAACACUUGGAUGUAAUGAGUCAAAAUAAAAUGAACGUACUCCAUUGGCAUAUCGUUGACAGCGAAUCGUUUCCCUAUACGUCGGCAAAAUUCCCCAAUAUCAGUUUUCAGGGUGCCUACACUCCAGCUCACAUUUAUUCUAUCGCUGAUAUGAGGAAAGUCAUAGACUAUGCACGGCUUCGUGGUAUUCGAGUUGUUCCCGAAUUCGAUACACCUGGACAUUCUGGAUCUUGGGGUCAGUCCAUUCCGAAUUUGCUGUCUCAGUGUUACGACAGUAAGGGAAAGAUCAACCAACUCCCAAAUAUCAUGGAUCCAACGGUUCCGGCAAACUUCAAUUUCCUUUCGGAAUUUUUCGAGGUGUCGGAUGCCAUCGCUCAUGUCUGGAAAGGAAACAGUGUGGAAGCCAUCAGAGAAGAAAUGGCUAAUGUAACUGCUGCUGGGCAUUUUGCAAUACUGUCUAGUUGCUGGUUAAACCCAUUUCAGGCUCGAGUUCUGGGAGGAGAGGCAGCUUUGUGGGGAGAAUACGUGGAUGGAACAAAUUUCAUGGCUCGCAUGUGGCCCCGUGCUUCUGCUGUGGCAGAACGAUUGUGGUCAAAUCCGGAGCAAACGAAGUCGCAUGGCGCAUCCUGGCCGCGUCUACACGAAUUCAGAUGCAGAAUGAUGAAUCGAGGGUUUGCUGCACAACCGCCCAAUGCUCCCGAUUAUUGUCCAUUUGAAUGGAAUCCUAUUUAUGAAGAAUUAUAA